UAAAACUUCCCUCAUUCCUCAGGUUCUCAAUUUCUGCUCCAAAAGCUCUUCGGCCGUUUCUCUUGGCCAUUUCUGUUGGGAGGAGAACUUCACCUCGUUUCCUUUUCUUCGGUUCCAUCGGUCUCAACACAGAAUCAUUCUGAGCAGAUUUCCAGUAACUCAUUCGUUGCAGACUUAUUUUCUGCUCACUAAGGUUGGCCAUUCAAUUAAAGAGAUAAGAAAUUGCUGAAUAAAGAGAAAAAAGACUUUGUAUCACGCAAUUGCUUGGUAGAUGAGCUGGCUAGUGGUUGUCCUGUCACUAAUUGUACUCUGGAUUGCAUCCUUAUGCAAAAUUAUCCAUACAUCGAGGUUACCUUCCAGGACUUUUCUUUUGAGCAAUGGUGGAGCUUUUUGCAAGAAAAAUGUCCUGCUGGUUGUUGCUCACCCUGAUGAUGAAUCCAUGUUCUUUUCUCCAACAAUUAGCUAUCUGAUUUCGAGAGGGCAUAAUCUUCACAUUCUAUGCUUGUCGAUUGGUAAUGCAGAUGGUAUGGGAAAUGCUAGAAAACAUGAACUCUAUAAAGCUUGUGCUGUUCUCAAGGUUCCAGUUCAACAAGUGAAUGUUUUGGACCAUCCAGAGUUACAGGUUCAACUUAAGCUAGUCUCUUGGAAAAUGCAUGAACUGGACUUUUACCAAGACUUUCAGGCCUCAUGUUCUGAAGAUGCUGUUAAAUUUCAGAAGUUGAUUGAGAAAGAGCGGAUCUAUGAUUUUCUUGCUGGGUUGAAUAUGGAAUAUGGUCAAAUUAGGGUCCAAGCAGGGCUAGUUGCUAAUUCCUCACGUGAAGAAUCACAUGAUUCAUCAGAUAAGGAUCAACUAUAUUGUGACUAUUGUGGAAAAAACCGGCAUACUAAGGAACACUGUUGGAAAUUGCAUGGACGCCCCACUAAAGGGCGUGGAGGAAAAAGGAUGGGUCUUACUAGACCACAAGCUAAUGUAACCAAGUGGGAGUUCAACAAAUUUGUGGAUUACUCAAAUCCUCUUUGUUCUUGUGAAUGGACCAUUUCUGUUGGGACCAUUGGGCUUUUAAAGCUAUCAUUAUGUCUCUUUGAUUAUAAUGUAAUUUUGUUCUGGGAUUUAUUGGAUUUUCCCCCCUUUUCAAUUUUGUGUUGUAUAAACAGCAAGCUUUUACAUGAAAAUCCACGAAGUAUUGAAGCCUGGGAACUUGUCAGUACCAACAUUUUCCGCAAGUAUAGUGGGCCAGUUGAUAUUUGGUUGUCUAUGUUAUUAGCUACCAAAGACACUAAAACAGUGAUGCAUUGCUUGCUAAAUGAGCAUCCCCAGAAGAGUUUCCAUGCAAUGUCAGAACACUCAAGCCAAUGGGUUUGGUUCCGGAAACUUUUUGUUUCAUUUUCCAGCUAUACUUAUGUGAACACUCUCAGAAAGAUCAGCAUGUAGGAAUAUGCUAAAGUUGUCAGAACCUAGUGAUGCCUCUCUGUGCUAAUAUUUAUCUGAUUUUGGCAUGUGCCAUCUUAUUAGCACACAUUCUCGUUAAUCUUCAUCCAUGUAUGUCAGCUGAGUUUUUGAUAUCAAAUUUUAGCACUCAUGAACGCAAAUCAAGUCUUCACAGCAGUAAAAAGAAUGUCUUAAUUGAAUAUUAUUAGUUGAUUGCUUGCUAGCUAAUCUAGUAUGGAUAUAUAGGCUAGCACACUAUUCACAAGUGAUGUGGGACAAUGAAUCAUUUUGGCAAACUCACAAGGGAAGGGGGAAGGCUACAAUACGGAGGAAUAUAAAACAUUACACUCAAAAAGAUGUUAUAUACUUGUAGCAUGUUUAACAUGUUACUAACAUGAUUUUUAGUUCAGCCAGGGUUUGAGCCCUGUUUCUCUGAGCUAACUUAUUUUGAAAUUAUAGUUACAACUAUGCUGGCUUUAUCCGAAUGUAAUAUUAUUAUAGCGUGAGAACAAUCUAUUGAAGAUUGGAGUUUCUAAUCAUUUUUGGAAACAUUAGAGUUGGUAAAUUUUGGUUUGAUCCGUUAA